AUGAGCAAACCAAUAAGCAGAAUAGAUUCAAUCAUGAAUUAUCCAUUUGCGGUUACCUGCAAUGAUAAAUGCAGUCUGUUUGUUCGACCUGCUAUGAAUGGAUUUAUUGGUGGAUUAAUUAGACCUGAAGAUGAUGAGGAGGAGAUGAUGAUUUACAUUGGAAGGGCAAGUGACGCGUACACUUGGAAGGAAAAUUUUAUGCGUUACCCGGAUCGCAUUACUGAGUUCAUCGAAAAGGCGUCGCAGAAGGCUGAGGCUGAUGGUAGUGGCGCUGAUGGCCGAGUCAAGAGGUUUUGCUGUCGGGUUGUUGAGAACCAGUAUAGGAAAGAUGUAGAAGAAUUUAAUAUCCAAGAAAGUGAACCGACAGUUUACGGAAGUGGCGCUGGGAGCAGCAAAGAAGCUAGAGUUGACCAACACUGUGACAAGCAGGACACAUGUGAUUCAGUGGGAACCGGAGGCCAAGUAAUCCAUGAAAAAUUUGACAUCGAACGCCAGGGAUUUUGGCCGAAUAUUUUGCUGGAUGAGGUCUUGCUUGACAUGGGUGCAGACAUGAGUGAAGCUUUGCGGGCUGUGUCUGUAGUGCUGAAGUAUGACGGCAGCCGGUGGAGCCUGGAAUCUGUUGCAAUCGACACUGGAACUGGCAUUGCUCCAAGCCCGUCGAUUGGUUGCCAUUAUAAAGUCCGAGCACUCCGAAAGGAAAUGAGCCUGGUUAGAGGAGAGUUGGAGUCACUUGAAGUGAAAUUUAAACAAGUGCAGGAGGCCAUUGUGGACUCCCAUUCAAGUAUGGAGAUCUCCAACGACAAGAAUCACAGCAUUUGUUGUCGGGCUGUUGAUGUGAAGAAAGAACUGGUUGAGCUGGAGAUGAAACACGAAGCUCUUUUGGAUUUGAUGGCAGUGCUGGAAACAUUCAUUGAGAAAAUGAUCAAGAUGAAGUGUCUUCCGGAGCACGAUGAACUGCUGGAUGCGCUGGCAAAGGAGGGACCAGGAAGAAAGUUUAAGUAA